AAGAACAAACCUUUGUAGCAAGAGGGAGAGAGAGAGAGAGAAAAAAAAAAUCCAUAAAUAAAUUAAAAAACAAACAAAAAUUUACCCAAAAACAACGAGCGAUAAACAUCAAACACUCUCACAGUAUCUCUUCUUCAUAUUCAUCGAUUUCUCCGUUUAAGAAGAUCAGCGAUUUGGAAUACAGGACGAUGUCUCCAGCAUCUAAAUCCAAGUCCAAGGCCUCUGGAAAAGCUGCCAAGGAGCAACAAAAGGCUGCUAUUAAGCCUUCGGGAUCUUCCACCAACACUGGGAAUGGAACUCCAGCUAGUGCUUACAAUCCUAUCUCUGGGACAUUCCAUACCCUAGAUACAGCGUCAAUUGCCACAUCUCCACCUUACCAAGACAAUGGUCGUUUCCGAAAUAUUGAUGAGACAGAUGAGCAUUCCAGUAGCCCUCAUGGAACAGUGUCUGAAUAUGAUUCCAUUUCAAACAAUGGCAGUUGCUCUGGUGAGUCAGAAGACACAAAAGAUAAGUUUGCAAGUUCUACUCCCCGGCCAGAAACAAUACCUGGUUCUGACAAUGAUAGGCGAGAAAAGAUCCGUUUAAAAAAUGAGAAAAAGCACCAGCGUCAAAAAGAGAAGCGAGCACAGGAGUUGCAUGACCGUUGUUGUGGCUAUCUAAUGUCAAGAAAACUGGAAGCACUUUCUGCGCAGCUUGUGGGAAUGGGCUUCUCUUCUGAGCAGGCAACCUUGGCCCUCAUGCUGAAUGAUGGUAGGGUAGAAGAAUCAGUCAACUGGCUUUUGAACUUGAAAGAAGAAGCACGGAAUAAGGACCAUCAACUGGAAAGUGGUGGUAACUUGAAAAUUAAUAUAACUGAAGAGCUUACACGCAUUUCAGAAAUGGAGGUGAGGUAUAAAUGUUCAAAGCAGGAGGUCGAAAGAGCUGUUGUUGCCUGUGAAGGUGAUCUUGAUAAGGCAGAAGAUACUGUAAAGGCGCAAAAGCAGGAGCCACCUGCCACUUCACUGAAUCCAGAUGAUACUGCUGACAUCAAGAACCAGUUGAGACCACAAGAGAAACUUGCGGCUUCAAUUACAGUACAGCAGAGAAGGAAUGAACGAGAUUUUAACUACACCAAGGCAGCAGCCACAGUACCAACAUAUUCAGAACCUGGGAGUAGAAACUUACAGCCCACAGUUACAAAUCCACCUAAGUCACUGCCAGAUAAAAGGUGGGCGACCACUGGUUCAAGCCCUUCUGUUUCAAUAGCUGCUGCAGCACCUAUGCAAGUAGUGUCUCCUACAAAAGUUGAUGUUAGGCAUGCUGUUGUUGGAAAUGAGGGGAAGAAUAUCCAGCAAGUUAGGGAGCCAGUGGUUGUGAUGCAACGGCAACAAUCUAUAAAUGCCAAGCAGAUCCCAGUCUCUAGUAUAACUGCCUCACCUUCCAUAACCGCUGGUUGGUAUGCGAAAAAUGUUCCAGUUGUCGAAAAUGUAAGGUCAGAUGGGAAAGUACUUCAAAGCAUGGGAAAUGUUGGCACAGAGAACCGGAGCUCAGAACAGUUCUAUCAUCAAGCACCUUACAAGGAAACUCAAUAUGCGUACAGCCAUCUAGAUACUACGCCAGCUGGUUUGGGAGGUUCAUGGAGCAGGGUAGGUACAUCCCCAUCACUUACAGCUCCGUCCAGGCCUCGGGGUUCUUGGAGCACAAUGGGUGGUAUGUCUUCUCCUUCACUUGCCGUUCCAUCGUCUCUUGGACUUUUUGCAAGUUGGGGAUCUGCCGGAACUUUAGGUUCUUCGCAUGUAGAUUGGAAUACAGGAGGGUUGAUGCCAGAGUGUGACUACAACAGUAUAGAUUGGACUUUAAACACAAACCUAUCUUCAUCGAAAACAAGUGGGUUAUGGCUAGGCCUUUCUUCUCUAUUGAGGAACAGUUCUGGAAUGAGAAUGGGCAGCACAAAUGGUUUGCAGGAUGGUGGAGUGGUUACAGAAACAUCAUCUUCAGCAGGUUUGCGCGAGUGGACGUCGCCUUUUGCAGAGAAAGACAUAUUCAGUGUGCCUAGGCAGUUUGUUACUUCUCCUUCUCCAUAGGAAUGUGGAAGAGGAUGAGAAUGCAAAACACAGAGGCUGGUGUAGUUGAUGUUUGGUUGGCUGUGUUGAUGGUUGUUUCUGGUUUAUCAAUCAAAAUGAAUCUAGUUGUUUCUGGCUUUUGAUU